AUGUCAUUUGAUAUCAACUGGGAAAAACUCACCACUGACAACCAGAUAAAUGAUUCGAUAAAAAACUUUUUGCAUGAGCAAUUCCAAUCCUUGCAAUUACCUUCUUACAUCUCCAACUUGGAGGUCGUGGAUUUCAAACUAGGUACUAUUCCACCGGAAAUUACAAUUCGACAUAUAGGCGACCCUUUUGAAGAGUUUUACGCCAAUCCAGAUGACGGUAAUGGUGAUGGAAACAAUGAUGAGGAAGUAUUAAAAGACAAAUCUACCAAGCUAAAGGGUCGACAAGCAGUCAAUAUUAUACCAAACAAAGCGGGUGCCACUCACGAAGCUGAUAAUAUAAAUGAUCAUGACUAUGGCGAUGAAGAUGAUAUUGACGAUGACUACGACAAUGAUUCUGACGAUUACGACGAUGACGAGAAUGAUGGUCUUCAUGAUCAUGGCGAAGAUGAGGAAAAUGAAGAGAGCAGCCAAUAUGAUGAAGAUCGGUUAUCAAACAUUACCGAGGGUCUAAGUCUGGUUGAAUUGUUAGCUAGCGCAUCUACGCCUAAGCGAACAUCUCCACAGCGACCGCCAUUGAUAAGUCCACGUGGUGAAGUUACGCAGCAGACCUUGUCCAAACCCAAAGAACCUUUUCAAUCGAUAUUGAAUCCAUACGGAGUAACCAGCGUAUUAAACCAGGGAAGCAAUGCAGCAAAAAAUACAACAGCAACAUCAAUUGCUGCAGGAACAACCGCCGCAAACGGGGUAGGUACACUGAAAGAUAUAUUUGACCAAAACAACUUUUCAUCACGAGUGAUUCCGAAAAUAAAGACUAAAGAAGAAUCCGUAUCCGGUGACCAACAGCAGGGGAAACAAACAGGAAAAGCAAAUGAAAAAGGACAGAAACAUAAACAUGAACAUGAAGAAGAGCAAGGAAGCGACAAGCAAAACGCAAAAAACAAAGCAAGUGAUGAUGUGCAAUUAAUUUUGGAAAUCAAUUACAAGGGGAACCUUUAUAUUGAUUUGCUUGUAACGUUGUUGGUAAACUAUCCAUCACCUAAUUUUAUUUCGCUUCCUAUAAAGCUACACGUAACAGAUCUAGUGAUUCAUACAAUUGCUACGAUUGCUUAUCUCAAACACGCAGUGUAUGUAAGCUUUUUAUGUGAUGUGAAUGAUGAAGCUGAUGGGUUUAGUGGAGCCUCGUCAAACGCAUCAACACCGAAUGUUACUGGUACAACUAGCGGUGGAGGUAAUAGUGGUGGGAAUAUUGUUGAUUACUAUUUCAGCGAUCCAAACAAUAAGGAAAGAAUUGAUAUUAUCAAGAAAAUCAAAAUUGAAAGUGAAAUUGGAGAAGUGGAGAAUAAUAUAUUGAGAAAUGUUGGAAAAGUUGAAAAGUUCUUGAUGGAACAAUUGAGGGCGAUAUUGAGGGAUGAAAUUGCAUGGCCCAGCUGGAUCUGCGUUGAUAUGGCCGAGAAUGAUGAUGAAGAAGAAGAAGAAGAAGAAGAAGAAGAAGAAGAAGAUGAUGAUGAUGAAGAUAAUGAGGGCCGGGGUCGUAUGAGAGACACAGGAGAUGUAGAUGUACGUGAUCACGACAAAAAGGAAGAUUGA